ACGUCGGUCGUAAAUCGAAUGUGCAGGUUGUAGUUUUAUUGUGGAACGUGAACCUCCAGCGUUGCUAUAGUAACUUCCUUUAAGCGUCUUUACAAAUGGCGAGUCUUUUAGGGGAAACUUUGUUUGAAAUCAGCGGGCAAGGGCCAGCUCCAAUGAAAGAUUACUUCCAUCUUCAAAUAACAAAAUCAGAUGUGAUUUGGAGAUGGUGGAAGAUUUCUUUGAGAAGCGAAAGCACAAAACCUGGAGAAUUGAGGGAAUCACACCCAGAUUAUCUGGAGGACAGCCUGUUACAGAGUCAGGUGAGAGUGGUAUUCGGUCCUCGCAUCUUGCAACAUACUCUCGCGCUAAGUAAGGGACAGUUCGAUUACCUGGAACGUCUUCCCAGGCGACUCCUGCUUCGGAUUAUGACGUACCUCGAUUUAGAGGACAUUGCACGACUUGGACGAACUUCUCGCAGUCUCAGAAAGCUGUGUGACUCAGAUGAAUUUUGGGAACACACUUUGAAGGCUCACUACAACACGGUACCAGAUGGGGUGGAUGUAUUGGCCAAUGAGCUAGGAUGGAAAACAGUUUUCUUCACCAGUAAGCUUCAGCUGCAGAAGCAAAUUAGUCGGCAAAGACAAAGGACUGAGGAGCAAAAUAACCAAGAAAGGACAGAGUUCAACAUUACAAAUUUGAUUCACAUAACUGACAAUGACCGAGGUGAUUGGUCUGCCCUAGAGUGAGAGGCUGCAAUCUUUACACAAACAUUGUACCAAGAAGAUUACUUGGAACAUACUGUAUAUUGCAGUGUGAGUCACUAUAACAAAAACAGUGGAGGUAAUUUCAUGUUUGCUUGUUUUUUUUUUUAAAUCAUGUUGUGGAGUCAUACACUGGUUCUGUAUCCUGAAAAUGCCAGUGUUUUAUCAAUUAGUUGUCAUUUUAACCUUUAAGCCAUAUGACAGAAGAGGAUCAGUUUUUAUUGCAAACCACUUCAGAAUGACUGUGUGUUUAGUAGAUGUAAACUCCAGUUUGUUUAUGCCUCUGUUUCUGCAGAUUUUUCUAGAAAUAAUUUUCUAAUAAAGUGC